AUGUCGUCUCCGGAAUCCGCCUCUGAGAAAGGAGUAUGGGAUACUAUGCAGGAACUAAUUCCUCUCGACAAUCAUCGUGCCGACAUCCGGUGGCUUCACGGCCGCGACGAUCAGGAUCUUCAAUGGGUGGGAGACAAAGAGGUCGACUUGUACCAUGCAUCGCACGAGGUUCAUGGACCACUUUGGCCUCAGAUCCUAGCCUCACGCGAGGUAGCAGCGUGGGAUCAAGUCAGAAAGUCAUGCAUAGUACUCAUUGAUUGCGAUAUGGACUCCAAAUAUCUCUGGGAAAACUUUCGUUUGAGUCAACUAUCGGUAUUGUGUCGUAGAAUGGCCCAACACAAGCGGUUGGACUUUCUUGAAGGCAAGCCCUUCGGAUCUCUGGUCUUCUUCAUGGGGGGCACGGGGGACACCAAACGCAGCGAGUCGGGGAUCGUUGCUCUGACUAUGAUGACAUCCCUAAUCUAUCAGGUCGUUGAAAGGUACGCCAGAAAGUGCUGCCCAGAUGAAGCUGGCAAUGUUCUGGCCUUCGAAAGCGUCAGGAGAGACGACAUCGAAUAUUUAUGCGGCUUUUUCAGGGAAUUGGUUCGUAAAGUGUCCUGGAAAGUCGAGCUUACCUGUUUUAUCGACUUUAUUGGUCGACAUGAUGCAGAACGGGGGAUGGACAUUGUGAUAAACAACUUGAUCGGUUUGGUCGAAGACCAAGCAGAGAUCGAAACACAAAAUCCACAACAAAUACUGAUGGCCACCCUGCGCUCUUGCCUUGAUGAGCAACAACCUUGA